GAACUUCCCUUUAAACCAAAGGCAGGAGGACUUGACUUACAAAUUUGAUCAAAGUCAUCCUCCCAUAAUUGACUUUUGCGUCAUUAGCUAAUAGGAUUUUGACGCGUGGCACAUUCACGGGGCACGAAAGUGCACAAGCAUAAUCCCCCGGAAAUUUCAGCAGCGGUGUCGGCCCUAGUUAAGUCCCACGCUCACCUCUCCCGCGUACAAAACACUCGCCGAUCUGUUAAGAAAGUCAGACCGUAGACUAUAGUCUAUAGUGAACGAGGUCAAACCAUCGGACGGUGUUCCCCCAUCACACGCGCUUUUUAUCAUACGCCCCUCCCCUCUUAUCCUGCGCACCUCCUCCUCUUCCUUCCGACUUCGCACUCCUCUCUCUCUCUCUCUCUCUCGCUCAAACACUGCCGUGCUAGCAUACGUUUCUGAUUUCAGGCUCGGAUCGAUCUUCUGAAGUCUCUGACCUCAGAGACAACACUUCAGUAGCUGUUAAUCGACGAACAUUCUGAUCGGUGUUCUUGAUUCGUCUGUACCUACUUUUCUUGCAGAGUGAGGCAUCCUUGAAGAAAUCAUCAUGAGCUGCUUUGGCUGCUGCAAGGAAGAUGAUCUCCAUAAAACAGCUGAUGGUGGAGGUGCAUACAUGGUGAAAAAUUCAGCGGGGAAUGAUAGAGCACAACAGGCUACUGAAGCUGUGCAGAAGGGUGCUCAAGCUGUAAAAGUCCAACCUAUUGCAGUCCCAGCUAUUUCCCCGGAGGAGCUAAAGGAAGUGACGGAUAACUUUGGUACAAAUGCUUUGAUUGGGGAGGGAUCAUAUGGAAGAGUGUAUUAUGGGGUUCUUAAAAAUGGUCAGGCUGCUGCAAUAAAAAAGUUAGAUGCCAGCAAACAACCGGAUGAUGAAUUUUUAGCUCAGGUUUCAAUGGUAUCAAGGCUAAAACAUGAAAAUUUUGUUGAGUUGGUUGGGUAUUCCACUGAUGGAAACCAACGUGUUCUUGCCUACGAGUUUGCAUCUAAUGGAUCUCUUCAUGAUAUUCUUCAUGGGAGGAAAGGUGUUAAAGGAGCUCAACCUGGUCCUGUCUUGUCAUGGGCACAACGAGUUAAAAUUGCUGUAGGGGCAGCGAAAGGGCUUGAAUACUUGCAUGAAAAGGCACAACCUCACAUCAUCCAUCGUGACAUCAAGUCCAGCAAUGUGCUACUCUUUGAUGAUGAUGUUGCUAAGAUAGCCGAUUUUGAUUUGUCAAAUCAAGCUCCUGAUAUGGCUGCGCGUCUUCAUUCUACUCGUGUUCUUGGCACUUUUGGUUAUCACGCUCCUGAAUAUGCAAUGACUGGACAGCUAAAUGCAAAGAGUGAUGUAUACAGCUUUGGUGUUGUACUGCUUGAGCUUUUGACAGGGCGUAAACCUGUCGACCAUACAUUACCACGCGGACAGCAGAGCCUUGUCACAUGGGCUACACCGAAGCUCAGUGAAGAUAAGGUGAGGCAGUGUGUAGAUGCACGACUGGGAGGUGAAUACCCUCCCAAGGCCGUUGCAAAGAUGGCUGCCGUUGCUGCCCUGUGUGUGCAAUACGAAGCGGAUUUCCGGCCAAACAUGAGCAUCGUUGUCAAGGCCCUCCAGCCACUUAUGAAUGCUCGCCCUGGGCCUGCUGGUGAAACACCAGCCUUGUGAAUCACUCUCUCUGUCUUUGCCCCUCCCCCUCUUCGUGUGUGCGUGCAAAUGUACAAAGGGGAUUAUUUUGAAAAAUUGCCGAUGGUAGGUUUUAUGGGUUGGGUUUCUUACAUUGCUCAUUAUUUUAUCUGUAUUUGAUUUGUUCAUACUGUGUUUGAAUAUUUUAAAAGAUCUCUCCCUGCCUUCCUCCAAAAGAUGAUCAUUUACUGGAAACAAUGCCUAGGGUUUUCUGUUGUUUAGUUCCUUGUAAGGGAUGAAAGAAAGGUUCUCUUUGUAUACAGGUGCAGUUUUGGUUGGAUAUAAAAUUUGAUUGGUUUUCCUCUGGUCA